AUGGAGCCCCUAGAAGCAGCAGGCGCAGCAGCAGCAGCACCACCAGAUGCUGCUCCUGCUGCUGCUGCUGCUGCUGCUGCUGGAGCCUUUGCAGCAGAAGAUGCAGCAGCUAUAGCAGCGCCACAGACUGUUGCUGCAGCAACGCCUGCUGCUUCUUCGGUUGCUGCCGCUACACCGGAACCAGCAGCAGCAACUGCUGCUGCUGCUGCUGCGCCUAUACUGCCAAGCGAUGUCCCUUGCGAGGAGCUCCCAGAAACAGCAGCAGCACCAGCAACAGCAGCAGCAGCAGCAGGCAGCAGCAACAGCAGCAGCAGCAGCAGCCCCACAGCCUCGUUUGCUGCUGCUGAGAUCUCCUGCUGCUCCAUCAUCUCCCACGCGCUGCUGCUCCUUCAUAGCUAA